CUCAAAUCCCUCCUUCUCCGACUCGCCCACGUUUGGAAGUCAGAGGCUGUCAGACCAACACUUAACAUUUGCUGCGUACCGGCAGGCCGCUCUUGGCAGGGGGGUUCGCCAGAUAUCUAUCUAGAAGCGGAGGCCUAAGUCGUAGACCGGUGUGAAGUCUAGCGGGUACGGGCUGACCGAAGUUCCCUCGCCAAGUCGCUGAGCGCUCUCCGCCUGGAACGCAGGUUGUGAAGCUUGUCUGAACUAGCACCUUGUAUUUGUCUUGCGCCCGCUUACAGACUGAGCGGAGUGAGCUGAAACUCGUCGAACGCUUGGCAUUUCCGACCCGCCCGUGUCGAAAUUUCCGCCCGCCGUGACACUUUGAGCCCGGCUGCCCAUUCUUUCACGCACACGUGAGACGUGCGUGAGACGUUUCCGGUCGUAAUCGUCUGCAGCUUCCCUAACAGACUGAAGCACUGUGCGGAGAGUGUACAGUCUAAGCGCCAUGUCGUCUGUAAAGGUGGUCAUUCGAGUGAGGCCCUUCAAUGAGCGUGAGAUUUUUAAGGGCGCACGUAAGAUUGUGAGCGUCAAUGGCAAGGCUGUGCAAUUAACGAAGCCAGGAGGGACGGGAGGCUCCGAAAGUCGCUUGACGGCAUCGAUUGCUGAGGAAACUCAACGAGCGUUUACGUUUGACAACUGCUUCUGGUCAUUUGCCGAGAGUGACGAUCACUUUGCGUCGCAAGAGACGGUGUACAAUGCCGUUGGAAAGGACAUAUUGGAGCAUGCUUUCGAAGGAUACAACACAUGUGUGUUCGCAUAUGGACAGACAGGUGCGGGAAAGAGUUAUUCUAUGAUGGGUUACGGCCAAGAGAAGGGUGUCAUUCCGCGAGCAUGCGAAGAACUUUUCUCGAAGAUCGAUGCAAACGUCGACGCCAAUACCACCUUUAACGUCGAAGUGAGCUACAUCGAAAUCUACAACGAGCGAGUUAGGGAUCUGCUCAAUCCGGUUGUGAAAAACAAUCUGAGAGUUCGGGAACACCCCUCGCUGGGUCCAUAUGUGGAAGACCUCAGCAAGCUUGUUGUGAGAUCGUACGAAGAGAUUGCAACUUUGAUGGAUGAGGGUAACAAAGCACGGACCACAGCAGAAACGAACAUGAAUGCUACGUCGAGCCGAAGUCAUGCGGUCUUCACGAUCAUACUUACCCAGCGUUCUCGUGAACCGGACUUGGGUAUAACGGCCGAGAAGGUGUCCCGCAUCUGUCUCGUGGAUCUUGCUGGCAGCGAGCGUGCAGAUGCAACGGGCAACACUGGCCUGCGCCUGAAGGAAGGUGCCAAUAUCAACAAGUCCCUGACCACUCUGGGGAAAGUUAUAUCCGCGCUGGCUGACCUGUCAACUGCUACCGGGAAAGAGGUCGCCAGAAGCAAGACCAACUUAUCUGACGUCCACGGUCUAUCUUCCGCGAAGCAAAGGAAAGUGCACAUACCUUAUCGGGAUUCUGCGCUUACCUGGCUGCUGAAGGAUUGCCUCGGCGGCAAUUCGAAAACCGUCAUGAUCGCUGCGAUCAGUCCGGCCGAUGUCAAUUACGAUGAAACCCUGUCCACCCUUCGUUACGCAGACAGAGCAAAGCGUAUCGUCAACAAAGCUAUCGUCAACGAAGAUUCGAAUGCCAGAAUGUUGCGCGAGCUGCAACAAGAAAUCUCCACUCUGAAGUCGAAAUUGCUCCGGUACGAAUCAUUGGAGCUGUCACCUUCGGCGCAUGUACCCUCAAGGGAAAGCCCAGCUUCCGAUGCACCAAGUCAACUGUCGGGAGCAUCCGGAGCGGACGAGCUCCUUGGAACGGAAGACGUUGGAGCGCUCAAAGAUGCUCUGAAAGCCAGCGAGAAGCUCAUAGCUCAAAUCACCGAAAGCUUCGAAGACAAGCUGCGGAGAACUCAGGAUUUGCAGGUCGAACGUGGGAAUGCGAAUGGGGACCGAAGUCCUACUUCGCCCUCGGAACAAUCCGUUACAAGCUCGAUGAAUUUCCAAGCCCCACGCAUACCGCACCUUCUGAAUCUUAGCGAAUACCCCCAUUUCUCCGAAAGCUUACUAUACCCAUUACCGCCGGGUCUAUACCGGGUUGGCUCUCACGACUGCGCAGACAUUCGGUUGGUGGGUCCGAACAUACUCCCAUCCCAUUGUGUCAUGAGCGCAGAUCAUACACACAAGGUUACUGUUCGGCCUGAACAUGAUGCGCCCACCAUGGUGAACGGACGUCCGAUCAACGAGCCGGAGAUACUUUCCGCCGGGGAUUGCAUUAUUUUGGGGGAUCGCCACAUUUUCAGGUUCAAUGACCCGAACGCCCCACCAAAGCAGCGAAGAGGCGGUCCUAUUGCGAGGCCCACCUCUAUGCUUAAUCCUAGCAUACCAUCAAUAGCAGAUGACGGGACUGCAUCAUACUUCGAUUCACCUAGUCCGACAACUUCGGAGCAGUCGAUAGCCAUGCUUUACCGUCAAGGCCGACGUCUACCCGCGAGUGAAGGGCGAGGCUUCACAGACGAGGCAUAUGAAACUGGUUCUGAGGCGCCGCCGAAAUCCAUGACAUCCUGGAAACGUGGGUCGCGAGUUCGUAUACAAGAUACUUCCCAUCCUCGUGCUUCCAUGUCCUGGGACGCUGGCGAUAUGUCUCCAUCGGCUGGGACGUCACUCACAGACCCGAUUCGGGACGGGUCAUCUGCAGUGGGGACAUUGCCUGAGCCGUCAACACGAUCGAGGAGGGGGAGGUCCUUCCGGGAUGACUUGGUGCGGGAGUUCGCAAGCAGAUGGCGAUCGCGAAAAUACGUUCAAAUCGCCAGAGAGAUUGUGGACGCGGCCGCGAUUUUGAAGGAAGCUAAUGUCAUAGCGAAAGAGCUCGACAGGAACGUGCUGUAUCAGAUAGCCCUGUGCAGUGAUACGAAUACCUCUUUCUGGGAGGUCACUGAUUGCCAACAAAUGCCGUACGGGACUGCAUAUCACCAGUGCCCGGUUGUGGGCAGUUUCGCCCGUCUCCAGCGCCAGCGUCCGAUAUUCCGAAUCAAGGUCCUUGACGGCUGCAACGAUUCCGUCUAUAUGUGGACAUCGGAUACCCUGCGAGAGAGGUUACCUCUGAUGCGGGAGUUAUACUACCUGUCAGAUCACUCGUCGGGCGGAUAUACACCGGAUACCAGCUGCUUCUACAAUGCAGGGGACUGUCCAUGGUUUGAUCGCAUCGGAUCCGCGUGGGUGUGCGUGCGCAACACGAUAUGGGGGAUGACGCAAGAGGUCAACUGCGACGUUGUUACCGAGACAGGGCAUGUGAAGGGAUGUAUCAAAGUUGUCGUGAGCGUCAUCGGAAGUGAGAGAACUGGCGCCAUUGAGGGGCAGACUGCUUCUGGAAGGGAUGAGCUUGAAGAUGGAGAGACCCUUCUAUUUGAGGUCUCCAUUCUGUCAUUGGGCGGCAUCCUCGAAGAAGAGUUCACGCAGCUACACGUGCAAUUCUCCGGAGAGUCAUUUGGACAGGAGCGUUCUGCGGGCGGGCACGCUGAGGACUUUGAUGCAAACCGGGUUUUCGCGACGGACCCGGCGACCGAUUUCGGUACGGACGUCGUGGUGUUCGACUUUAGCCAAACGGUUCGCGUGAAAAUCGGGGCGGCGGUGCGAGACACGUUGCUGAAUGGCAUGAUGCGCUUCGAUGUUUUCGGGAGGCGGCAGAAGCCAGUCUCAGAGAUGAUCGAGGAAACAUUCCACAAUCGUGAGAGUCAGUUGGUUCCCGCAGACUGCCAAUCAGAUGCUCCAGACGAUUCUUGUGCCUCCCCAUCUUCGCCGCAAGUGCCUCCAUUCCCUGGCAAGCAGCAGACGCUGCCAUCGAAGAAUGGGACGUCUACGUCCGAGCUUCGUUACCCAGUUCUGUGCCAAAUCGAGAUUGCAGAGGCAUCGCGGUCCUUGGGUUCUUACAAACCAACCUUGACUGAGGCUACCAAAGACACUGACGCGGGUUCCUUCCUCUUACGCCACGGCCUGCAGCGUCGUGUCGGGCUUCGCUUGACCCAUUCCCAUGGACCACAAAUCCGGUGGAAACGGAUUACGCGCGUCGACAUCGGAAAGGUCAGGCUCUCAACGAAAGAUGGCAUCAUCGCGAAUGAGCAGCCGAGUGUGGAAAUGGAAAGCGACAUGGUCCGAUUGCGCGUGCCACGCAGGCAGGAAGCACAUGAGAACGGACGGAGCUUGAAUAUCGUCUGCAGCUGGGAUAGCGGCGCACAUGAAUGCGCAUGGCUGAACAGUAUGACUAGGAAGGGCGAGAAGGUUCUGUUGCGUUUGCACUUCACCGCCGAGAUGGAGCACCCGCCAUCGUCUGCGGCCAGGCUACCUGAGGAAUUGCACUUUGAAACGGACAUCGCCGUUAUGAUAGUGGAUCGCGACUACAACGUUCGAACUUCACCACGGUACCUUGCCGGCCUGCUUGGCCUUUCUUCGUUUGGGCCCAUUGGUGGAUCUCGUUAUUUGCCGUACAGCUCCUUCGUCUUCAACAUCAUCAUGCGGUCGUCGUCUGCCACAAGCAGAGCGCUGACGUACACAUCGCACGACGCUUCCCAAGGUGGGACUUACAUCCGCGGCGAAGAGGGCUUAGCCGGCUGGAAGCCGCAUGGGCCCGAACUGAUCGUUCAGUGGGAGGCAACCAGGCGACGAUUGGCCAACAAACUGGAAGCGGACCGUCUCCGUCAAGGAUUUCCAGAGAUCUGCCAAAAUGUUCCGUCUCGCAAUCGAACGGAUAGCACGCGAGGAAACGCUCUUCUCCGAAAGUCGCUCGAAAUAUGGCGACGGAGAGACCCGCGCGACCCGAGCCUUCACAGCCUCGUACUCGGUAACAGCGCCUCAACGACAUUCGGCAAGGAUCGGUAUAUGGCGUACAAAGCCGACGUGAGACACGUUGAAAGAGGGCCAGUCGUGAAACGGGGUGCGAUGAGCUGGGUUGAGAAUGGGGACGAUGUUUGGAGCAAAGAAUGGUUCGUCAUCAGGCGGCCCUUCCUCUAUGUGUAUGCCGACCAGAGCGAGACGAAGCUAUGUGCGGUGGUUGGCUUGGAGGGUAUCUAUUUGACACAUUCCCCGCGUCUGUCCGAGAUUACCAAGAAACCAAACAUCUUUGCCAUGCAAGUCCGCUCGUCCUCGAUCCUCUUCCAGACACCGUCGCUCGAUGAACUCGACGCCUGGAUCAAUGCCCUGGAUCCCUUACAUGCGGCGGCUAUCAUUAGCCGCCGCGGGAUGGCAGCCAGACUUCUGCAAAUACCCAAAUCGCAAAGUACCCCGGAUCUCCGGCUGUAA